AUGGAUACAACGCAUCUCAUUUUUCUUCUCUUCUUUGCUGCAUCGUACUCAUUAUCAUCGGGAUCUGCAGAUUCCGUGAAUGUCUACGAAGAUUUUGUCCGAUGUUUCAAAAACAAGACAGGCAUCCCCGAUAAGGAGCUAACCGACGUCGUUUUGUCCCGUACUAGCGUUUCCUUCUCCCCUGUUCUACGCGCAUACAUCAGAAAUGCGCGUUUCAACACCUCCUCAACGCCGAAACCGUCGGUCAUCGUCGUGCCACGUGUGGAUUCCCACGUUCAAGCCGCCGUGAUCUGCUCAAAAACGCAGAACCUCCAGAUGAAGAUCCGGAGCGGCGGCCACGACUACGACGGCCUCUCCUACGUCUCCACGAACAAUACGCUUACGGUGAAAGCUAAGCUACGAGCUUUGUACUUGGGAAAAGCCGACGACGUCGUUUCAAUGAUGGCGAAGGAGUUUCCGGAACUGGGCUUGAAGAAAGAGGACUGUAAAGAGAUGACGUGGAUCCAAUCACUCUUGUGGUGGCUGAACCACGUAGACGUGGACAAAGUCAAACCGGAAAUUCUACUCGAGAGAGAACCCGAUUCGGCUAAGUUUCUCAAGAGGAAAUCGGAUUACGUGGAGAAGGAGAUGACCAAACCAGAACUAAACCGGUUGUUUAAGAAACUGGCGACAUUAAACAGAACCGGUUUGGUUUUGAACCCGUACGGAGGGAACCUAAACGCGACCGCAGCUAACGCAACGGCAUUUCCGCAUAGGCACAAGCUAUACAAAAUCCAACACUCCGUGACAUGGACCGAUGCUGGACCGGAAGCGGAUAGGCUUUACGUUGGUAAUCUAAGAACGACCUAUAGAAUCAUGACCCGGUUCGUGUCUAAAAACCCAAGGAGCUCGUAUUUGAACUACAGGGAUGUCGAUAUCGGGGUUAAUGAUCACGGAGCGGAUAGUUAUCGAAAGGGUGAAAUCUACGGGAGGAAGUAUUUUGGCGAUAAUUUUGACCGGUUGGUCCGGGUGAAAACCGCUGUCGACCCGGAUAAUUUCUUUAGGAAUGAGCAGAGUAUACCAACAUUACCUCCUAAGAGAAUAUAA